UGUCUCCGCCAGAUCGUCCACUUCACACCAAAAAGGGGGGCUAAAACAACAAUGUUAAGCAUCUCAAGGCCAAGCGGGUGUAAAUGAAGAUAAAAAGCCAGGUUCCCAGGCCCCCACCCAAGGAUAUCUACCACAGCAUCCCCGUCUAGUCUCGCCAUACCUCCAACGACACUCGCCGCAUCGACACCGCUGUGCCCAUCACACACUACACGUCCAAACGUCCAAAAAAAUGGCCCUCAGCUUUGUCGCCAUGACAGUCCUGCUGGGCUCUUCCAUGGUGGUGGCGCUCGUAAUUCAGACGCCGAAGGAGGACCUCCAAGGGGAUCCCGCCAUCGCUCCCCUCUCUGCACACCAAAGGUGCCAGAGGGCUGCUCUGCCAUCCAUCAGGAGGAACCUGCUCAAGGCCCUGAACCUGAGGGCGGAGCCCCAGCUGCCCAUUGGUCAGCUGGAGGCUAUCAGAGCGCAGUGGAAAAAUACCUUCAGCGCUAUUGGCCACAGCUCCAAGGACACCACAGGUUCAGCUCCGUCUGACCCCUUGCCUGCAGUGGCACCUGGAGUCGGCAACGGCACAGACCUCAAGUGUUGCCAGGUGGCAUCUCUAAUCUCCCUGGAAGAUCUGGCCUGGGACAACUGGGUGAUCUACCCUGAGAGCUUCACGGUGGUGCAGUGCACACCCUGCAACUCCAACAACGUGCACUGCCCAGGCCAUCCACCAGUAGCCGUUCACGACGUCCCCUCGCAGCUCCAGUGCUGCGAGCCAAUCUCCAAGGAGACGGUGCCCAUUGUGUACAUGGACGAGCUCAACUCCCUGGUGAUCUCUUCUGCGGUGCUGACCCGCCACUGUGGCUGUGGGGCCGAAGUCCACAUAGUGCCAACUGAAGAGUAAACCCCCCAAACAAAUCUGCCAAAAAUGGGGGGCAGUUUUGUGAAAGCUGCCCCCCAUGUUUUCCCCUCAUUUGGAUAGUUAGAAUAGGUUGGAGGAACAAACAUUGACCACAUGAAUUUGUCAAUCAUUGAGAGACGAAAUGUAGGUGGCUUUUUUUGUCCAUUUUGAUUAAAAAAGAGCUAAAUACUUAAAUGGGUUAAGCUUUCGUUUAAAUUGUUAGAUAACCUAUUGCAGGGCAACUAAUAGAGAACCUGCCGCAGUGGCCAAACAGAACAUCCAGUAAUACAGAUUAGCCAAAACAUUAGCUAGUAAUGUUGGAUAAUUGUGAGGAAUAUGUUUGGUUUAACUGUUAAUACUGUGUGUACACAGAACUAUUAAAAGCCAAGUCUUAUUUCACAACACUAUCGGAUUAGUUACCAGGGAAUAAACCCUGCAAACCCUCUGAGGUCUAAUGUUCCCUCCAAAAAUGUGAACACAGUGCAGCACGCCAAAGUCCAUAACCUUUCACAAAGAACGAGCUUUUGAAACGUAAUCAAAGUCAGCUUUGUAUAUGUCCAGCAAUAAUGCAUGAUGCACUGACCGUUAAACCAAAAUAAUGCAAAGGCUGUACUUUAUAUAUAUUUUUUCUUCAUAAAUAAUACAGCUCUUCCAUGUUUCCUGCUCCCUUGUGCUUGAGUUAGCUUCAUCUGCGCUCUCAUUCCCAUGGCAAUGUUCCAGGGACGUGGUGCUCUGCAAAGGCAGAACACAUUAGCUAUUCAGCUGCAUAAAGCGUUGCCUUUUUUUUAAAAUACAGAUAAUUAUAUAUCUGGGAUAGAUAAUACAAUUUCUGAAAAUAAUUGAAUCGUGUUUUUGCUGUGUACGCGUUCUUUUAGCAGAAAAUAUGGAACAUGCAAUUGUCAACAGCAAGUUAGAACACAUGAA